AUGACAAGAUUUCAACUUCCAAGGCUUAUAUUUAUCCACGAUCUUGAUCAGGGAGGAGCAGAUCCAUGGAACGUUGUAGAUCAAGUAAAAUCUAAGCUUAAUCAUCGUUGUGCUGCAAUUCAAGUUCCAAUAUGCAUUGACGAUUGUUAUGUUGGAUUUGUUGAUCUUGUCAAGUUAAAGGCCUACUUUUUUAGCUCUUGUGGACUUUUUGAUCUUGCCAACAAGUUAAAGGCCUACUUUUUUCGCUCUGAAAUACCUGAUUAUGACGAUGCAAGAGAAGUACCCAAAGAUAUGCAAGCCUUUGUGUUGAAAAAAAGACACGAACUCAUUGAAAUUGUAUCAGAGAUUGAUGAUAAAAUUUCUGAAGCUCUUCAUGGUGGCAGCCAAAUUCCAGAGUCUUAUCUGGAUGAUGCAAUUCGGAGGGCAACUAUAGCAAGGAAAUUUGUACCAAUUAUCAUAAGUGAUGAGAGAUAUGAGGGGAUAGAAGUAUUUAUGGAGGGUGUAAUUAGGUAUUUGCCGAGUCCAAUCGAUGUUAGUAAUUAUGCUCUUGAUCAAAAUAGGAAUGGCGAGAAAGUUGAAUUGUCUGGAAGUAUUGAUGCUCCAUUUGUUGCAAAGGCUUUCGUAACUUGGUAUAGGAUGUAUUUAAAAUUAACUUACCUAAGAAUUUAUCAGGGUGUUAUUAAGAAGGGUGAUUUUAUUACAAAUGUUAACACUGGUAAGAAGAUUGAGAUUCCUCGUUUGGGUAAGAGACGUGAACAUGAUGAGAGUGAGGAAGUUGAUAAAAUCAAGGAAGUUGAUGAAGCUCAUGCUGGAGAAAUUGUUUUUGUGUUUGAUGCUCAUCUUGAAUCUGGAGAUACUUUUACCGAUGGGUCUGUUAGAUAUAUAAUGACUUCUGCUGCUGAUGUUCCUGCUUAUUCGGUCUCAAAAGAUUGUGGAGAGAAAUUUUCAAAUGGUGUGAAUUGA